UUCUUCCACGAAGGAUUUAUGAUGUAGUGUAGGUUUCUCUUUGUUUUGGGCCCAUGGCCCCUUAGUUAACCAGAAAAAAAAAAAAAGAAAGCUGGGGGGUGUUGCAGUGUAAUUCUCAUUCACAAUAAUCAUUUCUGUCUCAGACCUUCAAUUUCUCUAAUUCUCACUGCAUUAAUUCUGAAUUCUGUGUUUGUGAAUUCGUCUCUUGAUUGCAAGAAUGUUGUCAUUGUUCUCAUUCUCACUCUCUCGAAUCAUGUUAAGGUACUCUCCUUAUUCUGUUCCCCACUCCGCUUUCCGUCUUUGCUUCCCUUUAACUUCAUCCCUACAUUCUCACUCUCAGUCUCAAUCACAUGAUAAAGAUGUUGAUUUCUUCACUCGCUUGCUCUCUAUCUCUAUGCGUCCUUCUCCAUCCAUCAACUCCUUUAACAUGAUUUUGGGGGCUUUUGCCAAGAGGAACGAUUUCCCCACCGCCAUUCUCCUUGUUCAGAAAUUGCAAGCCAGGGGAAUCGCUCCCGACUUGUUUACUUUGAACAUCUUAAUCAAUUGUUGUUCCAGCAUGGGUCGUAUGAAGCUUGCUUUCUCUGGGUUGGCCAAGAUUCUCACGAUGGGUUAUCAACCUGAUACGGUAACAUUGAAAACAAUCCUGAAAGGUCUCUGUCUCUCUGGUAAUGUUGAGAAAGCACUACACUUUCAUGAUAGAGUCCUGGCUCUAGGAUUUCAGUUUAAUAAAGUUACUUAUGGGACCUUGAUUAAGGUACUCUGUAACACUGGAUACAGAUCAGCUGCUAUUCAAGUGUUGAGAAAGACCAUUAUUCCUAAUGUCGUCAUGUACAGCACAAUUAUUGAUAGCCUGUGCACGGAAAACCUUGUAACUGAUGCUUUUCAUUUAUUCUCUGAAAUGCUUGCUGAGGGAAUUUCUCCGGAUGUUCAAAGUUACAAUAUCAUGAUUAAUGGCUUCUGCAAAAGUAAAAUGCUAGAUGAAGCCUCGAGUCUCUUUCAAGAAAUGCUUCGUAAGGACUUGGUUCCAAACACGGUAACUUACACCACUCUUAUUGAUAGCUUGUGCAAAUCAAAGAGAAUCUCUUGUGCUUUGGAGCUUUUGGACAAGAUGCAUGAUAGAGGUCAACCUGCUAAUGUAGUCGCUUACAAUUCCUUGUUGGAUGGGAUGUUCAAAAACCAACAACUUGACAAGGCACUUAUGUUAUUCAAUCAAAUGAAAAAGAGUGGCAUUGAUCCAAAUAUACGCACUUACAGUAUACUUAUUGAUGGCCUAUGCAAAGGUGGAAGACUUUCAGAUGCAAGAGCGAUUUUCCAAGAUCUUUCUGGUAAAGGCUGUCCUCCAAAUGUGAGGACAUACAAUAUUAUGAUCAAUGGGCUCUGCAAAGAGGGACUGUGUGAAGAAGCAUUGAACCUGUUGUCGGAAAUGGAACACAAUGGUUGCUUACCAAAUGAUGUGACUUCUGCAACUAUCAUUCAUGCUUUCAGACAGAUGAGUAUGACAUGGCGGGGAAUGUUCUUCGGGAAGUUGAUAAAAGAAGGUAUUGACUUGAAGCUCUCUAAUUCUUAUAGACCUGGAUGCAAGGAGGCUAAGGGUUCCAACAAUGAGCUAUUGAGUGCCAUCAAGAAUAUCCCAAAUGAGUUUUCUUCUAGUAAGAUUUACUUCGAUAUUAACUGUGAAACAAACAUGAAAGGUAGGCAUUAGACAAUGUGGUUUAACUAACUAAAUUAAAAAGGUGAUUCAAUAAACCCUUUGUAAACAUAUCCAAAUAUUGAAGUAAAAUGUAUUUCUUACUUCACUCCAUAGGCAAUGUGGUUUAAUUAACUAAAUUAAAAGGGUGACAAUAUGGUUGACAGCACCAUGUAAAUUUCAUGUCAAUUGUAUUUCUUGUUUUAUUGUUAAUGGAAUCUAAUAGCCAAAAAGACAAAAAAAAAAAAAAUAAAAGAUGAAACUAAUAGCAAUGAAUUAGUAUGACUCCCAUACCAUUUGGAAAUUAUGAUAAGAUUAUAAGAACAACUAUGCUAAACUGAAAGUAUGCAGCAAGAUAGGUCAACAAAUUUAGGCUUGAUGUUUGUGUUGAGUUUUACGAUUCUGAAGCUCAUACUCCACAUUCAGUUGGUUUAUUGUGUAGUAAAUAGAACCUUUUUUCUAUUUAUGGAUUAGUGUAGUAUGCAUGUUAUUUCUAUUUAUCCGCCUAUAAUCACUUAUAGAAAUGCAAGAAAACCCUUAGUUUUAUGUACAAUGUGGCAUUUAUUUGCGUGUGGUUGUUAAGGACUUUAUCCCCUGCAUCUAAUCAGGAUAGAAAAGUAUGUUGUUCGUAUAUUUUUAGUUUUAUUUGAGGUUCUAAGAUCUGUUAAACUUUUGAUUGUAUCUUCUAAUAUUAUUCAUAAGUUACAAAAAAAAAAGAUUUAAUGGUUAUAGGCUACUCCCAAUGGGGUUGUGACUCUACCAGGUUGAGUACAUUUUAAUGAUAAACACAUGUUCACUUUUCACUAAUUCACAUGUUCAGUACGGUAGUUUCAUUUUUAGACAAGUUUCACGGUCUCCUUAUAGCAAGCAUUCUCAGCACAGGCAUUCUCCCUCCUCUUCUCUUGAUAAUUCCACGUUUGUUGCCAUAUUAGUUUUUAUAUGAAAACACUAAAAUUUUCAAUAUCCUUUGUAUUAAACAACUGUAGAAGCAAAUUAAAUUGAAGUUUUUAAUAAUUAAGAAGAAGCUAAGAAAUUACAAGUUUCCAUUUUGGCCAAAAUAUGUGCAGGAGUGCGUGGAUAGCUUCUUGAAAAACAUAUAUAUGUAGAAUUGGGUGACUAAGUAGAGGUCAAAGAAUGAUUCAUUCUCAAAAUUUGGAUUAGUAGAGCAAAUAAAUAUCACUGCUGAUAAGAGUGACUAUUUGUGGUACUCAUUAAGCAUUGAUUUUGAAGAUGAUGUUAGUGCUCAAACUGUUCUUCACAUCGAAUCCUUUGGACAUUCCCUUCAUGCUUUCAUAAAUGGGAAGCUUGCAGGUGAGGAGUGAAAAAUGGAAACAGUGGCAAUGCUAAAGUCAACGUGGAUAUCCUCAUCACACUUGUAGCUGGGAAGAACACAAUUUGAUCUCUUGAGUUUAACCGUGGGUCUUCAAAACUAUGGAUCUUUCUUUGACACAUAGGGUGCUAGGAUCACUGGGCCAGUGAUAUUGAAAGGAUUGAAGAAUGGAACUACUAUUGACCUCUCCUCCCAGCAACGAUCAUAUCAGAUUGGUCUUCAAGGUGAAGACUUAGGUCAAUCUAGUGGCAGUGUUGGACAGUAGAACCCACAGUCAAACUUACCCUCAGAAUCAGGAAGAUCAGGGCCAGUUUUGUCACUAGUGUGUCCUAAUCCUAAGCAGAUCAUCUUUUCUAUUAAAUUCUCCAGUUUUGGCACGCCGAGUGGGACUUGUGGAAACUUCAACCAUGGUAGCUGCAGCAGCAACAAGGCUCUAUCCAUUGUUAAGAAGGCCUGCAUUGGAUUAAGCAGCUGUAAAAAUUAAUGUAUCAAUUGAUACAUUUGGAGAUCCAUGUAGAAGAGUAACUAAAAGUCUUGCUGUUGAAGCUUCUUGUACAUAGACAUUGUUGCUUCAUGAAGUACCUACCCUUCUUCAUAGCUUGGACAUAAAGGAUCUUAGAUUUUUUUUAGUUGAAAAAUCAUGAUUACUGCUGAUUGAUUAGCCAAAUAUAAAAAUGGUGAAUGAAAUAUUCUAAAUAAAAUAGUAUAUUAAAUGUAAAUCCAUUAGUUCAUACC